AAAGUGCUGCUGAGGCGGGGCGGCAACAGCGGCACAUCAAAGAAAGAGCAAGAGGAGGAAACAUGUCAGAAAUGAGGGCGGCUCGUUGGCUGUGACGUCAUCGGGGCUCUGUGGCGUCCUGCGCGCUCCCGGCGUCAUCUUGGCAGACGCAGGACGAGCACGGAGGAGUCCGCAUCAUCAUCAUCAUCAUCAUCAUCAUCAUGGACUUAAUGCUUCCUGCACGCACCUUUGUGACGCACACCUGAGGACCACUUCCGCCAAGACCAAGGUCAGGAUUGUGGACUCCCUGAUGUUGGUCUGAAGGCCAGAGGAUCCAAAACCGCGGGCCAGUCCUCAGCUGUGGAAUUAUGGGUAACCACCUGGGCGAGGUGGCGCCCCCCAGCUGCUUCCUGCCCAGCUUCCAGUGCGUGCACGUGGUGGUGGUCGGCCUGGACUCGGCCGGCAAGACCUCCCUGCUCUACCGCCUCAAGCUGAAGGACUUUGUGGAGACCAUCCCCACCAAGGGCUUCAACACGGAGAAGGUGAAGGUGGCGGUGGGCGGAUCCCGGCCCGUCACCUUCCAGGUGUGGGACGUGGGCGGCCAGGAGAAGCUCCGCCCCCUCUGGAAGUCGUACACGCGGCGCACGGACGGCCUGGUGUUCGUGGUGGACGCCUCCGAGGCGGAGCGCAUGGAGGAGGCUCGGGUGGAGCUCCACAAGAUCAGCCGCAGCUCCGAGAACCAGGGCGUCCCCGUCCUGGUUCUGGCCAACAAGCAGGACCUGGACGCCGCCCUCCCCGCCGGCCAGGUGGAGAAGCUGCUGGCCCUGCACGAACUGAGCGCGUGCACGCCGCGCUACGUGCACGCCUGCAGCGCCGUGGACGGCCAGGGACUUCAGCAGGGCCUGGAGAAGCUCUACCACAUGAUCCUCAGGAGGAGGAAGCUGGUGAAACACACCCGGAGCAGGAGGAGGUGAAGACCGGCCCGGUCCAGGAGGUGAAGACCGGCCUGGUCCAGGAGGUGAAGACCGGCCUGGUCCAGGAGGUGAAGACCGGCCUGGUCCAGGAGAUAUAAACCGGCCUGGUCCAGGAGAUGUACACCAGCCUGGUCCAGGAUGUGAAGACCGGCCUGAUCCAGGGGAUGUACACCAGCCUAGUCCAGGAGAUGAAGACCGGCUUGGUCCAGGGGAUGAAGACCGGCUUGGUCCAGGGGAUGAAGACCGGCCUGGUCCAGGAGAUGUACACCAACCUGGUCCAGGAGAUGUAGACCAGCCUAGUCCAGGAGAUGUAGACCAACCUGGUCCAGGAGAUGUACACCAGCCUGGUCCAGGAGAUGUAGACCAACCUGGUCCAGGAGAUGUAGACCAACCUGGUCCAGGAAAUGUAGACCAGCCUAGUCCAGGAGAUGUAGACCAACCUGGUCCACCAUCUUGAGAGCACAAGUCCUCGUAGGAAAAGCCAACCAGUGUGGACUUUCACCCCCAAGCAGUCAAAUGUCUAGCGGUCUUCCAGAAGUCCUUAUUCCGCUUGAACGCACUCACCUGUCCUCUCAGGUACACCUGCACAGUCCAGGACCCACAACAGUUCUUACCACAUUGGAUCUCCCGUCAUUGUGCUUGUAGUCGGCGACCUUUAGGUCAGAGCACACCUUUUUCUAUGGAAGAUGAUAUGUCGGGAACCUUUCCUGCUGGGCUGGCACGGACCAGACUAGUCCAGCAUGACUUUGUAGGACCUCUUCUCAUACUUCUUGACUUUGUAGGUCAAGGUUUUGUAGACCAAACUUCUCCAUGACUGUCCAACAGUACCACCACCUCCAAAUUUGAGUCCAUGGUUCUUGCCUGAAUAAGGGUGAAGGUCCAAGUCCGGGUUUGGGGACCAGAUCUUGCCACAAGUGUUUGAGUACAAGUACCUGGGAGUCCUGUAGAUCUAGGUUUUGUAGACCUAACUUCUCCAUAACAGUACCACCACUUCCAAUACAGAGUCCAUGGUUCUCGUCCAGAAAAGGAUGGAGUGUCAACUCUGGGUUGGGAGGGAGACCCUGACCCAAGUUGAGGACUUCAAGUACUUGGGAUUCUUGUUCACCGGUGAGGGAAGACUGGAUCGGUGCGGCGUCUGCAGUGAUGUGGACACUGUAUCGGUCCGUCUUGGUGAAGAAGGAGCUGAGCCGGAAGGCAAAGCUCUCAAUUUACCGGUGGAGCUACCAUCCCCACCUGUGGUCAUGAUCUUUGGGCUACGACCUAAAGGACAAGAUCACGGGUACAAGAUCUACGACCCUAUACUCACCUAUGGUCCUGAUCUUUGGGCUAUGACCUAAAGGACAAGAUCACGGGUACAAGAUCUACGACCCUGUAGUCACCUAUGGUCAUAAUCUUUGAGCUAUGACCUAAAGGACAAGAUCACGGGUACAAGAUCUACAACCCUAUCCUCACCUAUGGUCAUAAUCUUUGAGCUAUGACCUAAAGGACAAGAUCUCAGGUACAAGAUCUACGACCCUAUACUCACCUAUGGUCCUGAACUUUGGGCUACGACCUAAAGGACAAGAUCACAGGUACAAGAUCUACAACCCUAUACUCACCUAUGGUCAUGAUCUUUGGGCUACGACCUAAAGGACAAUAUCUCAGGUACAAGAUCUACAACCCUAUACUCACCUAUGGUCAUGAUCUUUGGGCUAUGACCUAAAGGACAAGAUCACAGGUACAAGAUCUACGACCGUAUACUCACCUAUGGUCCUGAUCUUUGGGCUACGGCCUAAAGGACAAUAUCUCAGGUACAAGAUCUACAACCCUAUACUCACCUAUGGUCAUGAUCUUUGGGCUAUGACCUAAAGGACAAGAUCACAGGUACAAGAUCUACAACCCUAUCCUCACCUAUGGUCAUGAUCUUUGGGCUAUGACCUAAAGGACAAGAUCUCAGGUACAAGAUCUACAACCCUAUUCUCACCUAUGGUCCUGAUCUUUGGGCUACGACCUAAAGGACAAGAUCACAGGUACAAGUGUCUCUCCCUUCGAGAUAGGGUGAGAAGUUCUAUCACAUGGAGAGGAUCCAGAUGAGGUGGUUCAAGCAUCUGGUCAGAAUGUCCCCUGAAAGUCUCCCCAGGGAGGUGUUUAGGACAAAGGAGACCACAGGGAAGUCCUCAGACAGGUUGGGGGGACUAUGUCUCCUAGCUGGCCUGGGAACGCCUCGGGAUCCCCCGGGAGGACAUGGACCAAAGGGCUGGGGGGGACUUCUCUACUUAGGCUGCUGCCCCCGCGACCCCACCUGGGAUUAGUGAAAGAAGAUGGAUGGAGAACAACUACUUCUUCCCGCUCUGUCUAUGACACCUGCAACUAUUCUUACUACUAAUACUACUAUUAUCACUACUACUACUAUUACUACUACUAUUAUUACUACUAUUACUACUACUAUUAUUACUACUAUUAUUACUAUUAUUACUACUUGUAUUACUAAGAAGACGAUAGAAACAAUGUUUUUGUAACUUGUUUGAAGGAAUAAAUCCCAGCAACUAUAAAGUGGAUGUUUUGUGUGCAGUGAUGGAUUCUAACAUAGAAGGAUCUACAAGCAUGAGUUUGGAGGUCCAUCAGAGCCAUGUAAAUACUACAUUACCCACAAUGCAUAGGGCCCAGGAACAGGAAGUAGGUGUGGGUUCCAGUUGUGUGGUUUCAUCCACAAAUAGUUGACAUAGUUCCUGUUGCAAGAAACACACAAAGGUGUUGUUUGGACCACAGUGCGGCCCGGGAGACAUUUGUGGCCCUCAGGCCCCCUGGCACAUUUUAAAAGUAAUAUUACCACACACAAAAAAAAAAGAGGUGAAAUGUCAGGAAAACAUGUUGAAAUAUUGACAGAAAACUCAUUUUGAAAACUCGUAAUUGACAAAUAAAUCAGAGUUGAUUAGAGUUUGGAAUAUGAUCUAUUAUUAUAUAUGACUUAAAUAUGAUCUAUUGUUACAUAUGACUUAAAUAUGAUCUAUUGUUACAUAUGACUUAAAUAUGAUCUAUUAUAUGACUUAAAUAUGAUCUAUUAUAUGACUUAAAUAUGAUCUAUUGUUAAAUAUGACUUCAAUAUGAUCUAUUGUUACAUAUGACUUAAAUAUGAUCUAUUAUGUGACUUAAAUAUGAUCUAUUGUUAAAUAUGACUUAUCUUGAACACAUGUAUGAGUGGGGGCCAUUAAGUGGGUCUUUUAUUUUUACAACUGUCAUUCUUCACCAAGUAAUAAUGAAUUCAAAUCAAUGUUAUGAUUGGUUGAUUAAUCUAUUUAGGACUUUAAUCACUUUACAUCAAAUAUUACACUU